CCGACUAUACUAGGCUGCCUUUCCCCACAAUUUAAACCAUAUAUUUUGCAUGAAGUCGAUAGAUGAAAACUAUCGAUGGAAAAUUUGCAAACCGAUGACUGACAAUCUGCCAUCGCUGUUGGUUUGUGCAACAACAAAAGAAAAAAGGAAAAAAAAACGCGUAGAAGGGAAGUUGGCUCAUUAAAUUAACAAAAUUCGCUGUAAAUGCGUUAACAUAACAUGGACGAUGUCCCGGUCAAGAUAGUUGAACGCUAUAAACCUCCGCCACCCGUCUACCAGUUGCCACAGACGACUGUGAACCGAUUGGGGCAAUACAAAGAAAACUUCUACGAAGAUCAGCCUGACUACCAAUAUGACUUUCAACUCGAGCGCGCUGUCCUGGGCAAGGCACACCGUUGGCAUCAGCUACGGCAGCAGCAGAGGCAGGACCGUGAGAAGCGCCAGGAGCGACGCAAGGUGGAGCGUCAGCGCGAGGUGGAGGCCAAGCAGAAGGAAAUGCUGGGAGCUGUCGAUUACCCCAGUGCCGCCGAUUUGUCAUCCUCCGAUGACGAGGAGAAGGUGGAGGUGGAGGAAGAAAACGAGCAACAGCCGCCGCAGCAGCAACACCAGCCAGCGGUGCAUCAAUCUGAGUCACACGGCCGCGACUCCCACGAACCAAAGUCAAUAAUCUUGUGCAAUUUCCACAACAUUUUACAGCCGACUAUCCUGAGCACGGCGCCAGUGGCCAUCACGCAGACUCUGCACAAGCGCAACAGCUCGCUAAACUAUGCCGACUUCGAGUACAACAUGAACUCGACGCCCUUUGAUAAUAUUGAAUUGAAGACCAUCAACGAUUUGGAUGUCCUCGCUCAGGUGCUUCAUCAGACCAAGCUGCAAGAGCAGAAGGAGCAACGCCAGCUCCAGCUGCAAGAGGAACAGGUUGAAAAGGGGGAGCAGGAUCUGGAGGAGGAGGAGCAGGAUCAAGAGCAGAAAAUGAUGCCAACUCCUGUGGAGCUGACUGUAACGACGUUGGCGGAAACCAAAGCGACGCUCGACAGCGUCAAUUUCCAUGUUCACUGUGAUGAUGACAAUGCCUACAAGCAUGAAGAUAGCAACAUUCCAGCCAGUGGCCGUGGCCAGGCGCAAACUGUAAUCACGCCCCUCCAUCAGACACCUCUUUAUGGCGUUUCCCAGCAGCAGCAGCAAACGCAGUCUCAGCCACAGCAGCAUCAAAAGCAGGAGCACUUCCAGGUCUACCAUAUGCAAGGCUACAGCCAUCCCUACAACUAUCCCCAACAGCAGCAGGCGCAGCAGCAGCCGCUCUACCACAAUCAGAAUAACUAUUAUGCUAAUGGCUUUGGCACGCCCAAUCAUGUGAUGCCGUCGCCAUCUGUCCUGGCUCUGAGCCAGGCGGAGGCAGAGGCGGCCACCAAGUCGAAGAGUGUUCCCGACAUCCUGCGGGAGCUGAAAACAGAGCUGCAGCAGGCGGAGAAACGCCGCACUCGCCUACACAGUCACAAUGAGGAGCAGCAGCAGCAGCGAGUGGAGCAGACGGAAAAGAAGCACACCUUUGGAGAGCUGGCUGGGCCGGCCCAGAAGCUAGUGAAACGCAUUAGCGGCAUGGGAUUUCCCCUGGAGCGUGUAGCCAAGGUUGUCAGUCUGUGUGGCAUCGACGACAAGAAGAUAAUCGAACACCUAAUUCCCCUGGGAGAGCUAAUGGAUCUCGGCUUCGACGAAACGAAAAUCUCGGCGGCGCUUCUAAAGUUCGACAACAACAAGGACAAGGCGCUGGACUAUUUAAUCAACUAGAUAAAUUACAAGCUCGAACGCCAAGCUCCCUAUGGCAACCCGCCUGGCUCCAGUCUCUGUUAAAUUUUGUGUGGUUUUUGUUUAAUGAUUACAAGUUCUCUUGAGAUAUUGAGAGUGCGCAGCAGCUUACAGUGAUGAGUGGGGGAGGAGCGGGGGCGAUAAAUCAAAUCAAAGAAAGCUAAUGCUAAACGCCUAAAUGUAUUUCUUUGACAUAAUCGAAGCAGCAGCAGAAAUACCAGAAUAAAUAUAUAUAAGUCCAUAAGGUA